UUUUCACUUCCGUAGCUACAGUUCUGAAACGUCCUGAAAGCAUUGUUAACAACAUGUGGAAGACACAUUAACCAAGAGGCAAAAACACAGUAUAACAUUAAUUUUUCAAAGACUCAAACUUGGAAUAGAAGCUGUCCAUUGGAUUAUAUCGUUAGCUCGCCGAUGCAGGUUACUUUAGCCUUUAUUUUAGCUUUGUUUACCUUCAGAAACAUCGUUACUGCUCAUCAGGUAGGAGCUGAUUCAGCUUUGUUUUUAAAGAGAAUAGGGUGGCUUCUUCUCACUUAAGAGAUUUCACAUUGAUAUAUUUAUUUAACAGUAAUACUAAUAUGUGUAGCUUUGUCGGUGAAUAUUUCCCUUUCAAAACUAUGCCGAGAAAGAUAACCAUCUAGCUGGACACCAUACAGUGAGCAUCAGAGAAAGUGAUAGACGGCAGCUGUACCUGAGUCUGACUGCUGGGCUCAUUAUGGAUGAAUUGGAUAGAGAGCUACUGGCUGUCAAAGACUUGGAGGAUGACAAUGAUUCCUUUGACGACAAUUCUUCAAAAGCAUCAACAAAAUCAAAGCUCCCUCUGGUUAAUCUCGACAUGCAUGCAGAGCCACCUAGGGAAACUGGGUUUCACCAGAGUACCAGAGUGUGUCUGGAGCACAUCAGAGACGCCCUGUUGCAUCACAGGUGGCAAGAGGCCGCAGAAUAUAUGGCGUGUUACCCACAGAUGUUAGAAGAUACAACCAAUGGCCCACCUCAGUCAUGUAAAGAGCUUACUUGGAGAAUCAGCACUGAGAUCCUUCACCAUCACCCCAAAUCAAAGUUGGAAGACUACAACAACAUCUAUGAAAGAAUGAAGCACUCAGGAGUUAGACAUUACCUGAUGAUCUGCCUGGAGCAUUCGUUCCACCUGCUGCUACACGGCCACAUCGAGGAGGCAAAGCGCCAGCUGUCUGUCUCUGAGAGCUGGAGGCACGGGAAGGAGUCAGCCGCUCAGUUUCAGAGGACCAAACUGAUCCAGGCCUACAGGAGUUUACUGGAUUACAUCAUCUGGUGUGACAAAAAGUGUACUCACUCCUCCACUGAACAUUCAGAUUCCGCUGAGAACCAAGACAUACGCAACUACUUCAGAACGGCCUCUGUGAAUCUAAAGGAGAUUUUGAAAAAUCCUGGCAUCUGGGAUCCCUUCAUACUGUGUUACGUUGAGAUGUUGGAGUUCUACGAGGAUCACGAGGAGGCUUUGAAAGUCCUGAAUGAUUACGCGUAUGACAACAGUUUUCCACCUAAUCCCAACGCGCAUGUCUACCUGUAUCAGUACUUAAAGCGAUGCGAUACUGCAGAGAAGAAACUGAUGAAAGUAUUGAAGGUCCUCCAUGUGUUGGUCCCAAGCCAUGAGUUGAUGUUAGAGUACAGCUCUUCCCUGCUUCAGUCAGAGAAAAGCAGUGACCUCCAGAAAGCUUUAGGAGUUGUUCUGGAGAUGCUGGACUUUGCCUGCUGGAGGAGCAACCUGGUCGUGUGGAAGCGUUUAGAGGCCAUUAUUCAGAAACUACAGCUAGAAAAAGACUGGAAGGACGUUGUCUUCACAAAAAUGGCUGACAGACAGGGCUGGUGGCCCGCGCUGCACUUCACAAACUUCCACGCCAGUAAAGACUCUGAGGAGAACCCAGAGCUCAUGCAAGUGAAGGCACCGCUGACAAAGACCCUUUGCCCGAGCCUGACGCUCAAGUACACAGACUGGCAGGCAAUCAACGGAAAGUGACCUUCAGAGAACAAUUCAAAAAGAAAAUCAACCAGUGUCUUUACAAUUUCACGAGAUGCUGUCGGAGAAACGAAUAGUCGUUAAUAAUAAUAAUUUACUCAAGGUUAACUGACACAUGCGUAUAUUUUCCUCUUUUAAACCUUGUUCCUUCUAUGCCCACUAUGUGGAGCUCUUUCUCUGUUUUUGUGCAUCCAGUAUCUGGAGGGCAUGACCACCUAUUUUUGGUUCAUGUUAGUUUCGUGGUUUCUGUGCACAUAUGAAUGGAGUCUCAUUCUGCCCUCAGCUGACCUAUGGCCGCUUUACAGAGGGGCUUUAAGGUCACAAAUGUGUGUACUUAAUAGACAACCUAAAAGGAUUUUCUUUCUGUCACGCCAUGCUGUCAGUAAAAUCUAAACGGAGCAACACAAUGUGCAGAAUUUAAGAAAGGAUACAUAACAUUGACAUGUGUUUACUACCUUCUCUAGUCCUUUUUACUCAAAUGUGAGAGGUGCCUUCACUAAAAGAUCAUUAUUGAAUUGUGGUCAGUUUGCAUAUGUGCUGGUUCUUUGCACACAUAUAGUACAUGCAGUGUUGUCAAGAUUCAUUUUACAUUGAGGUUUGUACAUGCUGGUACCAUCUAUUUCUGUACCGAGGAGAGGCUUGUAUGUUUCAGGAUCGGCCAGUGUUUACUCUCCUUUAAACUGAACCACAAAAUAAAGUCCUGCAUCCAGCAGCACGCCAAUUUAAUAA